CCUGUCCCCAGGAGUGCUGGGAAUAUAGGCUGUGAACUACCUACUGUCUCUACACUACAGGAGUUUAUGAGAUUAGGGACUGGAUUAAAUAUCUUGUUCCUUUUUGUAUCAUGAUUAAAAUGCUUUAACUUCUUAUCUAGUGAAUGAAUGGAAUACUGAAGUUGUUAGGAAAAGUAUCAGCUCAGGACCCCCAAGACAAAGUUCUCCACAUAAAGGAGAUUUCUUUGCCCCAGAGGAAGAGGGAAAGGAAUAAAAGACAAAGACAGGAGAUAGUGGAUGAGGGAGAAGGGGAAAGGAAAAAGAGAGAGAGGGAUGUUUGUCCCAGAAGGGGACAAUGGACUGCCUCUGGAUAGAGGAGACAGACAGGGCACGAAGGAAAACAGCAGUUUAUAAAGGUACAAGGAGAAACUCUUAUUAGGGUGAGAUGUUUAAUUUUAAUUGGGCAUGUUAAUUAGGUGAGCCAAAAGGAGCUUUUGAUUGCUGGACUUCAACACUUUGAUAGCUGGGCCUUGGUAGUCAGCCUCAGAAGGAGCAAGUGGCCAAACAAGGGAAUGGACCUAGCUUUAGGAAUGUAAUCUAACGGUUUUUAGCAAAGCAGAGGGGAUGGGAGAGAAGGGCUGCCAGAGCUAUGCUCGCCAUGCUGGAGCCAACCAGUCUCUUCAGGAGUGGAGAAUAAUGAGCUACUGUGUAUUGCGAGCAGGAACACACACUGUUAAAAAACAAACAUUCCUUUAAACAUAGUGAUAGAAUCUACCAGCAAGAGACUAAAUUCAGGUACUUCUGUCAGAGCUCAGAUAUUACAAGCAAUGAAACCAGUAUGAAUCUAGCUAAAAACUUCAAUGUUUUCCACUCAUGCCAAUCACAUAAAGAGACAUAGCAAAUGAACAUCACAUGACCAACGGGGGAAAAAGGAAAAUAUGUCUUAGUCGUGCAGGAAGAGGAAGCUAAUGAGAAUGGAAAUUUUUGUAAGUUUCAGAAAAUGAGUCCGCUUUAGGAAAAGAAUCAUUUCAUUGCCUCUGAGCAAAGGUACUGAUUGUAGCCUAGGUCCAUUCCUAGGAUGGUCUGGAGGAGCCGGCUGUCAUCCCUGCCUGGCAUAGAAAUUUCCUUGAUACACCCGCAUGCCUGAAACCCAAGCCUGAACUCAGCGCUUUGCUCGAGGAGUGAAACCAGACCCUGUUCCUCAUCCCCGAGUCAUCGUCUUUGAAACUCCUAAGACAUGGAGGAUGAAGACAGGACGGUCGAAUGUCAGUAUCCAAAGCCAUCCGCUGGAAUACGUCCCAUGGCGUCCGUGCAUGAAGACCUGCAGGAGGAGAGAGUCAUGAACCUCAAAGGUGUAGAUGCAAAUGAGCCAACAGAAGGCAGUAACCUGCUGAACAGCAGUGAGAAAAAGCCGCAGGAAUCACCAACGGAACCCAAUAGCUUGCAGCGACUGAGGCGGAUACUGGCUUGCCCUCCUCACGGCUUGCUGGGAAGAGUGGUAACAAAUGGUACCAUGGUUGUUCUUUUGUGGGCUGUGGUUUGGUCAGUUACUGGCUCCGAAUGUCUUCCUGGAGGAAAUCUGUUUGGAAUUAUAAUCCUGUUCUAUUGUGCCGUCACUGGAGGUAAACUUUUUGGACUCAUUAAGUUUCCAACAUUGCCUCCCCUGCCUCCUCUUCUUGGCAUGCUACUUGCUGGGUUUCUCUUGAGAAACAUCCCCAUCAUCAGUGAGAAUGUCCAAAUCCAGCACAAGUGGUCCUCUUCCUUGAGGAGCAUAGCCCUUUCCGUCAUUUUGGUUCGUGCUGGCCUCGGUCUGGAUUCAAAGGCCCUGAGGAAGCUGAAGGGGGUGUGUGUACGACUGGCCAUGGGUCCCUGCAUUGUGGAGGCAUGUGCUUCUGCCCUUCUUUCACACUUCCUGAUGGGUUUGCCAUGGCAGUGGGGGUUCAUACUGGGUUUUGUCCUAGGUGCUGUGUCUCCGGCUGUUGUGGUGCCUUCAAUGCUCCUUUUGCAGGGAGGAGGCUAUGGGGUUGAAAAAGGAAUCCCAACUUUACUCAUGGCUGCUGGCAGCUUCGACGACAUCUUGGCCAUCACCGGCUUCAAUACGUGCUUGGGUGUGGCAUUUUCCACAGGGUCUACAGUUUUUAACAUCUUCAGAGGCAUUUUGGAGGUGGUAAUUGGUGUGGCCACUGGAUCUUUUCUUGGGUUUUUUAUUCAGUACUUUCCAAGCAGUGACCAGGGCAACCUUGUGUGGAAGCGAUCCUUCCUGGUUCUGGGUUUUGCUGUGUUCGCUGUGUUCAGCAGUGUCUACUUUGGCUUUCCAGGGUCAGGAGGACUGUGUACACUGGUCAUGGCUUUCCUUGCAGGCAUGAGGUGGAGUGACAAGAAGUCAGAGGUGGAAAAGAUAAUUGCAGUUGCCUGGGACAUUUUCCAGCCCCUUCUUUUUGGCCUGAUUGGAGCAGAGGUAUCUAUUGCGUCUCUCAGACCAGACACUGUUGGCAUUUGUGUUGCAACUCUUGGCAUUGCAGUGCUGAUACGAAUUCUGACUACUUUCCUGAUGGUGUGUUUUGCUGGUUUUAACAUAAAGGAGAAAAUAUUUACUUCUUUUGCCUGGCUUCCAAAGGCCACAGUCCAGGCCGCUAUUGGGUCUGUGGCUCUGGAUACAGCAAGGUCACACGGAGAGAGGCAGCUAGAAGAUUAUGGAAUGGAUGUGCUGACAGUGGCAUUUUUGGCCAUCCUCAUCACAGCACCAAUUGGAAGCCUACUGAUUGGUUUGCUUGGUCCCAGGCUUCUCCAGAAAUUUGAACAUCAAAACAAAGAGGAAGCUCAAGAAGAGACUUCUGUUGAGGUUCAGAGGAAGCCUGGAGGUUCUAUUACAGAAGCCUGAUGGACCAUGUUCUCCAUUCUACCUUCAAGCAGAGUGACUGUAUUUCCCUUUGUUUCAGAUGAAAAUUUUCCCAUGAAAUUCCAUAAGCAAAAUAAAUAAAUAAAUAAAUAAAUAAA